UAUCUGACAUUCACAGACCUAGGCAGGGUACUAGGACUGCAGGAAAAUGGCACCCGACCUAAGUCUGACAUUAAUUUUUACUGUUUUUCUUCACUGGAUACCAUCAUGCCAUGGUCAAAACUCUAUGGUAGUGACCAGCCUCAGACUGGUCAAUGAUGUUGGUAACGCUGUUAACAAAGGGAGGGUAGUGGUCCAGCUGAAUCACAUCCCGGUCAACGGAUCCAUCUGUGGUUAUGGCUUUGACGACAAGGACGCUCGGGUCGUAUGUCGUAUGCUGGGCCUGACGGGCGGCCGGGCGAUACUGGACGGCUCCUAUGGUACGGGCAACAAGAACUUCCUGUUGUCUGGGCUACAGUGUGUGGGUACGGAACCAACGCUAACCGUCUGCGCUCAGGAAACUGUCAUACGAUGUAGCUAUCAGAGUCCCGAGGUGGGGGUGGAGUGUGACCCCUCAUUGUCCAACACGAACCCACUGUUUGACAUACCAGGAGCAGGACCCCUGCCGUUGUCCAGUCAAGUCUUCAAGCAAUACCCACCGAAGAUUUACUACGGCAAUGUGCCAGAAGCGAGAGCCAGGAUCCGGCUGAGGGGUGUGGAGGGGGCGGACGGCAUGGGCUACGUGGAGGUCUUCAACAACCUCACACAAACCUGGGGCUUUGUCUGUGACGACGAAUGGAGCGAGCUGGACGCCCGCGCUGUCUGUUUGGAGAUGAAUUACACUUUGACGACGACAGAAAUCUGCUGCCCCCGGCCUGGCAUCCUUGUGAUGUACCAGUCGACCAUCACCGGAAGUGCGUCAAUAGCACUUGAUGAUGUCAGAUGUACGGGUAGCGAGUCGUCCAUCUUUGACUGCCCGCACUCGCCGUGGGGGUCUCACAACUGUAAGGGGCUGACCAACCCGGGGGACAGUGGCGGCACCACGGAGUUCGCUGGAGUCCAGUGUCUCAGGAUUCCUGAAACAAAAGUUGACAUACCAGACCCAAAUGUCACCUGUAACUCCGACAGUAUUGUCGUCAUCUUCGCCUGUACGGUCCAGAACUGUGAGACGAUCAAACGCUUCUAUGUGGGCACCAUGGCCGGCUGUGACAAGGCCAAGAUAACGUGUGACAACACCCACAUCUACAUCACCAUACCACUCAACGCCUGUGGAACUAAUCUUCUAUCCAACUGUACCCACAACAUCUACCAAAACCAAGUGAUCUAUGUGUAUCAGGUGGGCUACUUGGGUAUAGUAACCAACACAAAAAGUUUCUUGUACACCGUCCAAUGCGUGGCACCUAUGGCUGUAUCAACCAACAUCAUCGGGUACCAGCCUAGCAUAAGUUACCAGAACAAAUCCGUGGAAAUCGAAUUCAAAUACGAGGUUAGAAUUGACUUCUAUCUAGACUGGAACUGCUCCGUGCUGGUGACGCAGAAUCCUUAUGUGGUGGAGAUGAGUAGCUGGGUCUACCUAGGGGUCAAGCUUGUGACCAGCGACCCUGUCAUGGCCGGGACAAUACUGCGUCUUGUCUUGACCAACUGUAAGGCCAACGCUGUGGGUGAUCCUUCCAUGACGUCCGCGUUUCCAGUUGAUCUGAUUUCUAAAAAGUGUUCAAAGUCCCAGAGCGUGUCCAUGUACCCCAUCAACAACACGCUCGAGUCCUUCCGAUUCCAAGCCUUCCAGUUCCAGGGCUAUUCUCAAGUUUACAUCAAGUGUGACGUUUUGAUUUGUUUGGCCAAUGACACAAGUCCUGAAUGUGAUAGGUCCUGCAACACAGGAAAAAUCUCACAAACCAUCCGCCGGAAGAGAGCGGCCAGCGGUCAGCUAAUGGAGACCACGCCCAUCUACAUGGAGAUCUCCAAAGCUCAAGCCCUCAACCCCGGCCAUGCUCCGCUUGGUGUGGCCGAGACACUGACCAUAGACCUGUCGGAAGCCUUGAGAGACAAAAACAACCUCGGUGAUUCUAGCACCCGCCCCAGCACACCUGUAGCUGUGUUAGCACUCUCCGCUGUAGGGGUGCUGUACUGCUGCUGGUAAAACCUCGUGCUGACCCGUGUACCAAACUCUAAUGGCAGUCUAGGUGGUCGAUCUUGUGAUCACGGCUAGUUUCUAAGUGGUCCUUCUUAUAAUCACGGCUAGUUUCUAAGUGGUCGAUCUUAUAAUCACGGCUAGUUUCUAAGUGGUCCUUCUUAUAAUCACGGCUAGUUUCUAAGUGGUCCUUCUUAUAAUCACGGCUAGUUUCUAAGUGAUCCUUCUAAUAAUCACGGCUAGUUUCUAAGUGGUCCUUCUUAUAAUCACGGCUAGUUUCUAAGUGGUCCUUCUUAUAAUCACGGUUAGUUUCUAAGUGGUCCUUCUUAUAAUCACGGCUAGUUUCUAAGUGGUCCUUCUUAUAAUCACGGCUAGUUUCUAAGUGGUCAUCCUUAUAAUCACGGCUAGUUUCUAAGUGGUCAUCCUUAUAAUCACGGCUAGUUUCUAAGUGGUCAUCCUUAUAAUCACGGCUAGUUUCUAAGCGGUCAUCCUUAUAAUUACGCCGCACUGUUAUUUUUGGUGUUUUUUUUUAUCUCCCCUUAUUAUUGGGCAAGCCAGAGCAUCAACAAUACACAAUUACCUCCCCUCCCAGGCGAUGUUAUUAAAGUAUGACACCUUAAAUGACUUUAAAAAAUCUCUGCACAAUUAUAAACAAUAUUCAGACAGCGGUUGCCGUUGUUUAUUUCAAUCUGCUUGACCUGAUUGUUGUUGUUUUUGUUGUUUUUUUAACCCGUCGAUAAUUUCGACUAGACAAAACAGUUAUUUAGCUUUUAUCUUAGUUAAUUAUUUAUUUAGAUGCUAUUUUUUUAUAAUGAUUAUAGAUAAAAUGCCUCAAAAGCAGAAUACAGUAAGUGUUUAAUUGGGUCUAGGUAGCUAAUUUAAUUAUGUCUAGUUGAUUGGUGUAAUUAGGGCUAAUUAAGUGGGUUUAGGUACGUGUGCAAAUUACAGUGCAAAUUACAGUGCAAACAUGCAGAAGAAAAGCAAAAUGAAUUUAUGCCUAAAUUUUAUCUAUUUUGGCUCGUAAAUUUAGCGUAAGACCAGUGGACGUGUUAUUCCUUAUGUUUUAUAUAUAACACAUUCAAUCUGUGAUCCAUUUUAUAUUCCUUAUGUUUUAUACUUUAUACUUAACACAUUCAAUCUGUGAUCCAUUAUAUUCCUUAUGUUUUAUACUUUAUACUUAACACAUUCAAUCUGUGAUUUUUUUUAACUGUGAUACUCGCACGCUGGUGGGAUUUUUUUUUUUUUUUUUUUUUUUUUUUUUGGCAAAGGCAACAUCUCGUAAUAAUGUACGGACAGAGCUUGCUAAAGUUGUUAACAUCUCGUUAUCAUGUUAAAAGUAAAACUUGUAUUGUUGUGAUAAUUUACAUUUAUACAUUUUUCCGGAUGUUAUUUAUCAACAUUUUUUUUCUUAUGGAUUAAAGAAACCCAAAUAUACAAA